AUGGAGACGGUUUCUUGGUAUGGCGAAAACCCUUUCCGCAUGGCGACCUGCAUUCCUGUUCGACGCUUGCGCACUUGGCGACUCACAAAUACUGUUCUUCAACCUCUUCGUCCUCUUUUACCGGCCAACUCCUCCUCAGCCCAACCCAUUAUCAAGACCAACUCCCCCUCAGCCCAACCCAUUCUUAGGACCAACUCCCCCUCAGCCCAACCCAUUAUCAAGACCAACUCCCCCUCAGCCCAACCCAUUAUCAAGACCAACCCCACUCAGCCCAACCCAUUAUCAAGACCAACUCCCCCUAAGCCCAACCCAUUAUCAAGACCAACUCCCCCUCAGCCCAACCCAUUAUCAAGACCAACUCCCCCUAAGCCCAACCCAUUCUUAGGACCAACUCCUCCUCAGCCCAACCCAUUAUCAAGACCAACUCCCCCUCUGCCCAACCCAUUAUCAAGACCAACUCCCCCUUUGCCCAAACCUUCUUUUAGGAGAUGA